AUGUGGUCAUUACCGCGGCAGCGCUCUACGGAUUGCAGCGGGUCUGAGGCAAGCGGGGAGGCGGAAAUUGUGGUAAACAUCGGCGGCUUGAGGCAGGUGUUGAGCGAAGAUGUUCUGAGCAGGUAUCCUGACUCACGGCUGGCCGAGUUGGCGAGCCUGGCGGCGGCAAACGCAGAGGAUUUGUCAGAACUGUGCGAUGACUAUGGUGGCGGGGAGUUCUACUUUGACAGAGACCCAGACGCAUUUAAAUGCAUAAUGGAAGUUUACUACUAUGGGGAAAUCCACAUGAAGCGAGGCAUAUGUCCCGCGUGUUUUAUGGACGAAAUGGAGUUCUGGGGUGUGGAGCCGGAGUAUCUGGACGAAUGUUGCCGCUCCAACCUGCGCGACGUGGAGGAGGAGUUGGCCGAGAUUGCCGAGAAGGUUCAGUCUCUGCUGGAGGCCCGGGAGAGGGUACGUGCCGUGGGCGCCGGCUCGUGGAAGCGCUUCCAGGCGCGCCUGUGGCGCCUAAUGGAGCAGCCGGACUCCUCUGUGGCGGCGCGCGUCAUCGCCCUCACCUCCUUUCUUCUCAUCCUCAUCUCGUCGGCUGCGCUCUGCGCGGGCACCAUCCCCGAGCUCCAGACGCGCGACGCGCACGGCAACCCGGCCGAGCCGCCGGCGCUCGUGACCAUCGACACCGCCUGCAUCGCUUGGUUCACGAUCGAAUACCUCCUCCGGCUGCUCGCCGCUCCCCGCAAGCUCCGCUUCCUCCUCUCCUUCCUCAACAUCAUCGACUGCCUGGCCAUCCUCCCCUACUUCCUCCUCCUCACACUCACCCAGCUGGGCUCGGCCCUCCUCGAGCUGGCUGACGUCCAGCAGGCGGUGCAGGCCGUCCGCAUCCUCCGGGUCGCGCGCGUCCUCAAACUGGCGCGCCACUCCUCGGGCCUCCAGACGCUGACGUUCGCCCUACGCAGCUCCUGUGGCGAGCUGGCCCUGCUGCUCAUGUACAUGGGAGUGGGCAUCUUCCUGUUCUCCGCGCUCGCCUACACGCUGGAGCAAAGUCACCCGGAGACCAUGUUCACCAGCAUCCCGCAGGCCUGCUGGUGGGCCAUCAUCACCAUGACGACGGUGGGCUACGGCGACGUGUACCCCAAGACCACGCUCGGCCGCUGCAACGCGGCCGUCAGCUUCCUGUGCGGCGUCAUCGCCAUAGCGCUGCCCAUCCAUCCCAUCAUAAACAACUUUGUGGUGGUCUACAGCAAGCAGCGCGUACUGGAGACGGCCGCGCAGCACGAGAUUCAGCUGAUGGAGCUACGCUCGCAGGAGGCCGAGGAGCACACACACGCGCGCGCUGGGGCGCGGAGGAGUUGUGUUGUGUGGCUUUGGGAAGCUGUCAUGUAG